CCAACUAAAAAGAUAGCCACCAAGUUUCGAAAGGAUAACCAAUGUAUAGUACCUACUAUACAAUUUCUAGGCUGCUUUGAUACAGUGGGAGCGCUAGGUAUCCCAAAACUGCCCUGGUAUCUUGGUGGAUCAUUAUGUAAAUACAUCCCAUACAUGACCAACGUGCUUGGUUUCGUCCUACUCUCAUGAGCUUUUCAGAUGACGAUAAUACUGAUUCUUCUUCUUCAAUUGUCGAAAAAACGAGAAAGCACCAAUAUUUGGAACAAGUUUGGUUUCCAGGGAUGCAUACAGAUGUAGGUGGCGGCCAAGACGAUGAUGAUGAUUCUCCAAAGUGUGGUAAUAUCAUUUCAUACCAAGCAUUGCAGUGGAUGGUGGACAAAGCCGUUUCAGUUGGCUUGCGUUUCAAAGACAUCAACAUUGAAAAGAAAACAGACACAAAUAUCAAAUUUAAUGAAGCAGCAGAGAAGUGCUAUUCUUUUAAAUACAACGAUAGUUACGAAAGUAAAUUCAUCUACAGGUUGAUGCCUAGACAGGAUAGGAUUAUAGAGCCAGAUGCAGCUUAAUAUGUUCAAAUCGAAGACGUUGGACAAUUUUUACGAGAACUUACACAAACAAGCCAAAUAAUAAAGCUUCUUAGCUAACGUCAAUAUGGCAGGAAAUUCCGGUUAGAACCUAACAUAAGUAAGAAUAUGAGGAGAAUCUGUUGGAGCGGAUCAAUUUAAUUUUUUGCACGCUAUCUAAAAAAUGCAUUAUCAAAAACGGGAUUCUGUAUGACUAAAAAGGUUGCAAUAAACGAGGCAACACUCUUUACUUUAGAGAUAUUUAUUUCUACCAAGUGAAAGCUUAG